AUGCAGAUUUAUGUGAAGCAUCGCGGUAAGUUCAUUUUCCUCGCGCUAUGGAGUGGUUUUACAUGCAUUGCGAUGUUUUGGUUGAUGAUACGCCGUUCCGGUUUCGGCACUUCGUACAGCCGCUGUUGUUACCUUGUCAUGUGGGGCGAAUACAAGCAAUUGCUGGAGCCUGGAACUUUCCCCAGUAAUGGCUUUCUUCCGCCUCACCUUCGCCUCGACAGUCGCUCGUAUUUGGAUCUCCCAGAAACGGAGAUCGCCCUCCCACCGCUGAUUGAUGUGAGUAUUGCGGAACGCGACCAGGUGCGAAACCUCGAGUCGAUGCUGCCCUCCACUCAGCGGUCGGAUUUGAAGGUGCAGUUCGGACCCAUCCGCACCCAAACUAUUGUGAUGACUAGCGGUGCGAAUGAGCGGUACGUGCGGCGCCGUUUAGGCCUUUCCGAGAAGGACAGGAAGCGCUUGCAGGAGGAGGAGCAACAGAAAGCGGUGGAAGUUAAUAAAUAA